GCAGGGGGAUCCUAAAACAUGACGGACCAACAUGGCGGCGGCGGAAAGUUAAACUAAACAAAUCAAAUGUAAUGUAGUUUUUUUACAUCAUUUUCUCGCGAGAACGUUAAAGUUAAAUCUGCAAAGUCUUUCGGUGUCAAUAUCGACAACACGUCGAAUGUGGAGGAAACUUGACAUCGGAUAUUAAGCUUGAAAUCACAGUUAUUUACCGGGAACCGCUGGAAACACGUUAGCUAAAGAAGCAUGUGGGGGGAAAUCGAACCUCCGGUAAAAACACAACAACAACAACAACAGAGUCCGCGUGAGAGCGAGGAAGAACCGACCAGAUCACCGGAGGAGCCGGUGACACUGCCCCGGAGAUAUGAAUCAACCCCCCGCACAGACACCGAGCAGACGCCGCCGGACAUCCCGUUCUCGAGCCACGCCGAGUCCACCUGUGUGAACGCCAUGUUGGAAGCUGUCGCCUCCAGCGGGAGCCUGGUGAAGAGUCAGCAGGUCGGAGACGCUGAGCUGAGUCUGGAGCAGCGCCGCCACGAGCUGCUGCUUCAGUACACACACAGACCGCUGGUGUUCCUGGAGAGGUAUCAUGCGUGUCUGAAGCCUCAGGAUCUGUCAGCGUUUGCCCACGUCUGCUCAGACCCUCGAGCUCUACACUACAGCAGCGUGAUACAGAAACGGGAUGAAGAAUGCACGAACAGAACCAGGGUCAGAAACCAGCGCUACGCAGCCCUCAGAGCCCUGCAGAAGGAGGGUCAGUAUUUCAGUGAAGAACAGAUGCGGAUCAGGGAGCCGCUCCUGUAUGAGCAAUAUAUUGGCCAGUACCUGACAGAUGAGGAGGUGCUGGAGCGCUCCCAGGAAGCCAUGUUGGACGGUGCACCGGGGGGACCAGGGGCCCCAGCAGGAGGCGCCGGAGGGCUCGCCCACCUCCUCCUCAACUCCUACCAGGAGCGUCUCAUCCAGAAUCGACUGCAAGAGGAGCAGGAGAGAGAGGAGGGUGCACUGGAGGAGGAGGAGGAAGAUGAGGAAGAUGAUGAUAAUAGAGUCCAGGAGAGUGAAAGGGAGCCAACAGCUGAGGAGAAGGCUCUGCUCCGGGAGGAGUUCAUCAGUCAGAUGCACCAGCGCUUCUUAGACGGCAAAGACAAAGAUUUCAACUACAGUGAAGUGGAUGAAAACCCAGACUACGACAACUUGGACAUUGUCAACAGAGAUGCUGAGGAAAAGUACUUUGAUGAAGAUGACGAUGAUGAAGAGGAUAUGACCGACUAGCUGCUGCAGUCGUGUUUCACCUCUCGGACUGAACUGUGAAUACACAUGUACAAAAUAACGAUUCUGUUUUUCAAUGUUUCACCUGAAUGCAAACACAGCUGGUAAUAAAUACAGCUUAGCUUGUA